AUGAAUAGCGUUCGGGUUGACUUGGGUAAGCAUAAUCAACGUUCAGCAAUGAAAACUUAUGUUAAACAAUUAAAUUUUGAAAUAGAAGAAAUUGUUAUAGAAAUGCGAAAAUUUUUAAAACCAAAUGAGUAUAAUAAAUUUGAAACAGUUCUUACAAUCGAUGUACAUACUCGUGAUACAAUAGAUAUUUUAAUUCGUGAUGGUAUUAAUGAACCUCAUGAUUUGUAAGUUUUAUCGAAUAUAUAUUAUAGAAAUUCUAACUUGAAUUUAGUUCAUGG